CCCCCGCAAUCACCUCUGGAUUUGUUGGAGCGGACUGUCGCAAUUCAACCGGUCAUCUGCCGAAGUCAGUCUCACUCAGAUCCUGCCCUCAUACAAAUUAAUUCACGCGUUGCUUUGUAACACAUUGGGCUCGACAAUCAUUGAACCUACGGUCUUUUUUCCCUGGGCCGAUCAUGAUGUUGUCAACUACUACAAGUGCUGCACGCACAGAUAAGAACGGCAUUCCUCUUUCGGUCACAUCUCACCCAGACAAUCCUAUCCCUGAAGAACCUAGCGCCGUGCCUCAUCUGACACUCCUCCAUCCCGGUCCCUUGAAAUCCACAGAAUCCCAGUCAUCACUGCCAUCGCUGGUAACUGGCUCUGAGGUAUCGAGUGAUUCAGAGGCCCCAUCUACUCCAGCAACCGAACUACUUACUGAAGAUAUUGCUGAGAGAAUCGAUAAAUUGAAUGUCCAGCCUAAAGAAUCGUCUCCGUUGAAACCCGUCACCCACAGACGACGUGCUUCGACCGUUCUGAUUUCUCAAAAUUCUGAAGACGUCCAGAAGAUCUUGGGCAAUGUCGGCGCUGGGACUACGCGGGUUGAGAAACUCUGCUGUGGAGGGGGAUGUUGCAAAUUACAACCCCUGAGACAACCUGCCUCUUCAUCUGUUAAGCGACCGAUUUUACCACCGAAGAAUAAGGCUUUCGAAAGUCUUCAACUGUAUUUGGGCACUCUAUCCCAUGACAGCGAGCUCACAAACAUCUGUGAAUUACCCGAGAAGACCGUCUCAUUUGCUCCGGUCCCUGUAGACUUGGUCGAUCAGAGAUUGGGUCCUUCCGAUCAUCCACCGUCAUUUGUCCAACCGCACCCUCCUUACGAGGUCUACCGCGCACCACUUCAUUAUUCCAGAGAGCUGACCAAACCCGGUGCUGAGAAACGAACGUUCCACUUUGAUAUAGAUAUCACAGACUACCCUGCCGAAGGCGGGGAUGUCGAUUUCGUAGUUGGUGGAGCGAUUGGCGUCUGCCCUAAGAAUGCCGAUGACGUUGUCGACGACAUUUUCAACUCUCUGGGUGUCCCAAGAACCGUUCGAGAUAAAAAGGUGAUGCUUCACACGACGAAAGGACGAUGGCCCACCGUCUGGGGCGAUGAUAAACCUAGGGAAUUGGUAACUACUCGACGAGAGCUGGUAUCCUGGUGCACAGAUUUCCAGAGCUACCCGCCAACGAAGCCCUUAUUGCGGUUGCUAGCGGAAUAUGCAUCAAAUCGCGAUGAAAAGAAAAUUCUGAUGUACCUCUGCUCCGCUCAGGGUCAGGGCUCAUUCUGUGAUCUUCGCACGAGCCAGUAUAUCACCGUUUCUCAGCUGCUGCAUGCAUUUCCUUCUUCUCAACCCCCUUUAGAUUUCCUUCUCUCCGUCCUUAAUCCUCUUAUGCCACGCUUCUAUUCACUCUCGCAAGACCCACUGCUUUCGCAGACCGCUGAUGGUGGUAAUGAUCGCCGCCUCGUCGAGAUCGCUGUUACUGUUCAUGACUGCCCUGAUUGGCAAGGUGCAAAGCGUACAGGUGUUGGGUCCGGCUUCUUGCAACGGAUUGCCCAAAAGGUGAUUGAGGCCGAGGAAGCCGGUGUCGAUGCACGAUCUCUUGGUCUUCAUAUACCGAUGUUUCGAGGUCUCAUGGCUAAUCCGCUCGCUCGAGAGUUUGUUCUAGACGGUCCCAUGCUAUUGAUUGGUGCUGGUGUUGGUGUGGCCCCAUUUCGUGGGUUCGUCCAGCGACGUCUAAAAUCUGCCAACUGCGCAAAUAAAGUCUGGGUUCUUCAAGGGAUCCGGGAUUCAUUAGUGGACGAGCUCUAUUCUGGCGAGUGGGGCGUGCACGAGGAGACAGUCAAGAGAGUUGUUGAAAGUAGGCGUGGCGAAGGACGCUAUGUCCAAGAGGAAGUGCGCAACCAGGCCGAUCUUGUCUGGUAUGUGAUCAAUGCGUUGGAUGGGCGUGUCUUUGUCUGUGGCAGCAGUAAAGGCAUGGGCGAGGGUGUGGAAGCCGCACUGAUAGAUGUUGCUAUGGCGAAGGGCAAUUUAAAUCAGCAGGAGGCCCAGCAGUUUUGGGAUAACAAAAAGAGUGCCGGGCAAUAUAUUGCCGAAACCUGGUAACCAGACUAUGCUUUCUAUUAAUAUUCACCUCAUACCUAUUCCUACCCAACUGGUUAUGGGGACCAUCAUUCUUAUUGAUAUCAACUACCUACUCAACCCCUCGCCAUCUGGAGUUAUACCCCCUAAUUCACACUUCUCGUUAGCUGUGGAUUAUUCGGAAUUGCGCUUCGCCUUUUGGAGCCUCACCCUAGGUCUGAUAUAUUCUGCAAUUUCCCUUGUCUCCUAUAGUUUCUGCAGUUCUCCGCAAUGUACUGCUCCAUUCAUCUCCCUAUUCUUAGCCUGUUCACAAUCAUGGGGUUAUUGCUUUCUCUCUUUGCAUUAUAAACCAAAAAAAUAGAUUUCUCUAUCAUAUAAGAUCCUCGCCUAAUCUGUGAGGGUUGUUCCUACUUUAUAUAUCCCAAUGUUUCGCCUCAAAGAUUUUUGUUGUCCUACUCUGGUUUAUUUUCUUUGUCUCUUCAUUCACACAAUGCUAGGGGGUUCUGAUAGACAGGGCAUUGCAGUGGUUCAUUUCAGGUGUCUGGAACACUACGUUAUUUCGUCGGGGCAAUAGUACUUAUUAAAAGAUAUUUUGAAAAAUACAUUUCAACCCCAAUAUUGGGGAACUUAUCUA